CCGCGGUCAGGUGUUGAUCACGUGGUUAUUGGCGAUAAAACACAGAUUGCGAUAUUUUGUUCCCUCCGAUUUCGCCUUAGCUAUAUAUAAAUAUAUAUAUAUGUUAGCUUGGCUAGCUAGUUCAGCCUCCACUCGUUGUAUUGCUACCUAGCGAGCUGUUAACUGAUGUAUUUGCUGUGAUUGGAGGCAGAUAAUCAGGCUCCAGCUGUGACUUCCACGCGCGUACCAGAAUGGUCAAAAUCUUCGUAGGGAACCUUUCCCCAAACACAACUACAGAUGAGCUCCGGUCCUUGUUCUCCCAGUAUGGAAAAAUAUCGGAGUGUGACAUCGUGAAGAACUUCGGCUUUGUCCACAUGGAGAACAAAGCCGAGGCGGAGGAAGCCAUCCGCAGCCUUCAUCAUUACAUGCUCAACGGUCUGGCCAUGAAUGUGGAGAUGAGCCGAGGGAAACCCAAAGCCUCCACCAAGCUCCAUGUAGGCAAUAUCAGUAGUAGUUGUACCAACCAGGAGCUGCGGGCAAAGUUUGAGGAGUUUGGUCCGGUGGUUGAGUGUGAUAUAGUAAAGGAUUACGCCUUCGUCCACAUGGAGAGAGUGGAAGAUGCGAUGGAGGCCAUUCGAGGCCUGGACAACACGGCAUUUCAAGGCAAACUGAUGAGCGUGAAGCUUUCGACUAGCCGCCUGCGUACAGCACCGGGAAUGGGAGAGAGAACGGGUUGUUAUCGGUGUGGGCAGGAAGGCCACUGGUCCAAAGAGUGCCCACUUGACCAGAACGGCUCCUACCGUGAGAGCCAGGGCUCAGAGGGAUAUGGUGCUCCCCGGUUCGGUGCGAGUGGCGGUGGUGGUCGCGGUUUCCAACAGGGCUUCAAUGGCGAUCCGAGCUUUGGCAGCAGCUAUGGGCCUGUGCAAAGCUUCUCCCGUGGUGCUGGUUAUGGGGGUCCUGGGUAUGGCAGGGGCAUGGGCAUGGGCACGAGCACAAGCACGGGUACUGGCUAUAACGGUGCGAUGAGUUUCGGUGUUGCGGCGGGAUACGGCAUGGGCGCGACGUACGGCAGUGAGGCGGCAUACAGCAGCAGUGUCAGCUACGGCAGCGCGGUGCCCGGGUUCCCUGCGCGGCGAGCGUCCUACGACGAACGGGAUCCGUACGGGGUGGUGGACUACUACGAAAAGUAUCGUGCGCGUCCCUAUGGAGGCAGUUAUUUUGAUGACAGACAAGCUGUCCCGCUCCCCGGCCCUCCUCCUCCCCCUGCGUCCUCGGCCAUAAGCACAGAGCGCAUGCCCUCGUCUAGCCUCGACCUCUAUGAGCGAAACCCCCUCGCUCCUCCUCAGGCUCCGGGUUCUUCGUACUACGGCCGUGAUAGGAGCCCGAUUCGAAGGCUCCCUCUCGAGGUGGAAGGAUACGCGUAUGAUCGCGCGCAUGUCGCCCCCAUCUCUUCGCUUCCUCGGAGCUCUGCGUUUGACAUGCCGCGGGAUCCUUACGCCGACCGGGCACGCUACGCGUAUUAAGCUAACAUCUGUGCGCGAUUCAUACGUGUGCACAACACAGACUAUACAUUACAGUGGAUGUUAAUAACGCUAGUGAUGUUUCUGGACGCGUGUGUAGCAUUCUGUAUUGAGUAGUCAUGCUAUCAUGUGAAAUAUAUUAUGUAGUCGAUUUAUUUUUAAUUUUUUUUCUUCCCUUUUCUUAUUGUUUAAGCUUACCCACACGGUGCAGUCAUAAUCCUAGCAGGAAAUCCUUGAGUGAUCUAUAAUGAUUAACUGGUUGUGUUGUGAUGCCUCUUGUUCUUUUUUUUUUGCAGGUUUUCUUCAAUCAUGCUUCCACAGACACAAAGUCAUUCAGUCAUCACUUUUAACAUUACAGUGAAUACUAUGGUGCUUGAGUGUGGUGGAGCAGAUUAGGUGCUUUAUUCUAGUAGUUGUAUGUUUUUAGUUCAGUAUUUCAUGUAGGUGUUCUCACAGUAGCACUAACUCUUCGCUAACAUUUUCAGCCUGGUUUUAGUUGGUUGGCUUUCCCCCCUCUCCAUCUUCCACUGAGAGAACACGAUACCUAAAUCCUGCCUGAGUAGAUGAGAUGAUUACACAUUUGGGAUUCUGUAAACUUUUUACACGAUGCUUUUAUUAGGCAUAUAGGAAUACUGAUUAGGAAUAAUAUCUGUAAUCCUCAACUGGGUGGGGUUUCGUUUUCCUUCUGACGUUACAGGUUUUUUUUUUUUUUUUUAGCAUAGAUGCUGACUAAUCUACUUAAAAUAUUGUAAUCUUAAAUCAAAACUGGAACCAUUUCCUUAAACGCGUAGAAUAAAUCAGCUGAAACCAGGUUUCUAGCAGUUUAAGACCUGUUGAUUUUGAACCCAGCCAGUAAAUAUCAUUGAACUGCAAAGUUCAGAUUGUUGAGCAGUCAUACCUUUUCUUUGUGAUUUCCUUGUGUUGAUAUGUCAUUAUUUCUGUAUGAAUCUAAAAAUCCACGCUAUCCAAAAAAAAAAAAGAAAAAAGAAAAAAAGGGUGUUGGGCUCCGAAUACAGUGAUUUAUUUUUUUAAUAAUGUCGGUUUUGUUCUGUGCUUCUACAUUUUUCAGCAUGAAUAAUCAUCAUGAAAUGCAGACUCUACAGCAGCUCCAAAAGAAAUUGAUGAUACAAAAUACAGCUUUAUGUUUGAAUCUAGUAAAUUACGAGACCCCUUGGUCAAUUUUAUAGAUCUGUACUUCAUCAAAAUUUGACCACUGCAAAGUGUGCUUUUUUUUUUUUAAUUAAUUGAACCAAUUUCUUGUGUAAUAAAAUGAUCCCAUUGGAAAGGUCACAGGCGGCAGCAGCAGUACUAGUAGUAGCAGCAGUUGCAAUGAUAGGAUUUAACUUUGUGAUAAGUUGUAUGCAACUUAUUCCUUAAUAAAGGCACUGUAUGCAGAUGUU